CGGGGGCGGGCGAGAGGGGCCGGCGCUGCCCGGGUCCCGCCGCUGCCCGGCCCGGGGGAGGGCCCGCCCGGGACACCGAGGCUGCGGGCGGGGGCACAGAGGCUCUCUGCCCGCUCCGGCAGCGCGGCGGUGAUUCGCCCCCGCCCCCCGGCUCCGAAGGGCACGUCCUCGGCGGCGCCGGGCCCGGCCGCUGCCUGCCCGCCGGGACGUCUGCGCCCGCCGUCGGGGGGACGAUGAACCCCGCUGCGGCGGCCCCGCCGCCGGGGCAGCAGGUGAUCCACGUCACGCAGGACCUGGACACGGAGCUGGAGGCGCUUUUCAACGCGGUGAUGAACCCCAAGCCCAGCUCCUGGAGGAAGAAGAUCCUGCCCGAGUCCUUCUUCAAGGAGCCGGACUCGGGCUCGCACUCGCGGCAGUCCAGCACGGACUCGGGCGGGCCCCCGCCGCGUCCCGCCGCCGCCCAGCACGUCCGCUCCCACUCCUCACCCGCCUCGCUGGCGGGCUCGGCCGCGGCCCCGCAGCACGGCCACCUCCGGCAGCGCUCCUACGACGUGACGGACGAGCUGCCGCUGCCGCCCGGCUGGGAGAUGGCGCUCACGCACACGGGACAGCGGUACUUCCUCAAUCACAUAGAAAAAAUUACAACCUGGCAAGAUCCUCGGAAAGCCAUGAACCAACCUCUGAGCCACAUGAGCCACCACCCUGCAGCUGCUGCCACACCAGUGCCACAGAGGCCCAUGGCCAUGUCUCAGCCAAAUCUCGCCCUGGGCCCCCCGCAGGUGCCCCCCGGCGCGGCGCUGCGGGGCCUGCCCGGCGCGCUCACCGCGCAGCAGCAGCAGCAGCAGAAGCUGAGGCUGCAGAGGAUCCAGAUGGAGAGGGAGCGAAUUAGGAUGCGUCAGGAGGAGCUGCUGCGACAGGAGGCUGCUCUGUGCAGACAGCUUCCCAUGGAGUCAGACAGCCUGGCCCCAGUGCAGGCAGCUGUGAGCACACCAGCCAUGGCACCAGACAUGAGGCCGAUCACAAAUAAUGGAUCUGAUCCAUUUUUGAACAGUGGGCCCUACCAUUCCAGGGAGCAGAGCACGGACAGUGGCCUGGGGUUAGGAUGCUACAGCAUACCAACAACUCCUGAGGAUUUCCUCGGCAAUGUAGAUGAGAUGGAUACAGGAGAAACUAUAGCACAGACAACAAUGAACAUAAAUCCACAGCAAACACGUUUCCCAGAUUUCCUCGACUGUCUUCCAGGCACAAAUGUUGAUCUUGGGACUCUAGAGUCAGAAGACCUGAUCCCUAUCCUCAAUGACGUGGAGUCAGUACUCAACAGAAACGAGCCCUUCCUGACCUGGCUGUGAUCGACUGGGCCUACAAUGCAGUUCAGCAUUUCUCUUUUUCCUCUUGAGACAGGGGUAGAGUAUCUGAAAAUCCUCAAGGGACACAACUUGCUGCCUUAAUGACUUUUGUUACAUUAUCUUUACUGUCAGUUCAGUCUCUGCCUGGAUUUGAUUGACACUAAUUUAAAUAUAAAAUACAGAUAUAUAUAUAUAUAUAUAUAUAUAAAAAAAUACUUAUAUGCAUAUAUAUUUCUUCCUCUUGAAAAAAAGAGCACACUACUUUACCCAUUUGUAUACUUAUUUACCUUUUCACACCAGGCAGAAAUGUUUCACUGUAAGGACAGAAAGUGGGUGGUGUUUGUGCAUCCCUGAGUGAUCUUGGUAUUGAUUAACAUCACAAACUCUCCAUGCAUCACAAAAGCCAAUUACUAGGUCACUUGGUUCAAAAAACAAGCACAGCAUCACACCAUGAGAGCAGUUUUAUUACUGUGUUUAUGACAAUAGUAUCAGAACCUUUUUUUAUCAACUUAAUUAAGCCUUAAACAUCUUUUUUUUCAUUUUUUAGUAACUAACUGUGCUGUAUGGAAUACAGAUCAAAUCUGGUCUGUAUCAGCCAUAAUAAUUCUCAUUAUGUAUUUGUAAAGGCGCAAGCAGUACUAUUGCCAUUUGUUUUUUCAGUAUAUUACUGUACCGUUUUAAGAAAAUACUACUUCCAAUCUUGAAAGUACUGGAAUUGCUUAGCAGUAUUUUUACACUACAAUAUUGUUGCAAAAUAAAGCAGGCUGGUACUGACUGUUGCCUUUUAAGAACAAAGCAAUGUAUUAUUAAAAAAGCAUUUUUUAAAAGAUCUUAGAUUUUGAUGUUUGUUAUAUUAAGCACUACAAUUUUGUAACUUAACACAUGAACAAACAAUUUUAUAUAUAUAUAAAAACUGUGGCAAAGAUCUUAAAUGCAAAAAUGUGCUUUUAAAAUCGGGUCUGGAAAAAGUGGCACAACUUCUUGACGUCAUAUGUAGUGGGGAAGACCCUUGCUCGUGCUGUUUUUAGUGAUGUUUUUAACUGACAGUGUCAAAAUACAUGUAGUUGUAUACAUGAAAAAAAGAUGGUAACUUUAUCAGGGCAAGGCUGAGGCAGUCUUGUGACUGCUCUGGUAAAGCUGCUGAGUUCUUAAGUCUUUCACUUCUUGUGCUUGGUGUACAGGAGAUGCAGUGUGUUCUGUGUAUUCCUGCCUGUUGUGUAUCCUACAAAUCCUUCUUUAUCAGAGGUUUGGGACUGAGAAGGCAUCAAGGACACUAAGCUUGCAGUUCCCCUGAAAUGCAAAUGAAGUCCUGAAAUUCUUAAGUAUUUUGAAAUUAUAUUAUUUAUAAUCAAUGAAUGUUAAGCUUUUUAUAUUGAAAAAAAGAUGUCUUUUUAUGAAAGGCAUUGGAACUUUUCUCUAAGCUUGAUCCAGGCCAUGUAAAGAGGAGGAGAUGCAGCGCUCGAUGUCAGUGUGUUUGCCAGCCCUGACACCACUACACUGGAUCUUACCUAUGCACCAGAAUAUUGAUCACUAAAGGCUCUUUCCAUCUAGUGGAUGAAGGUGGGUGAAAAGGUCAGAGAUGAAGCGAUGGAAAGGUGGAGCAGGUUUGGAAGGCAGGUGAUUCCAUAAGAAAUGUAGAUCCUUGCCAGGACAGGUGGUGCAGAUGGGGGUACGCAGGAACAAAUCACCAGUGUUCAGUAAAAAACAUCACAGGAGAACCUGAUGCAGUGAACUGCCUGGUCAGAGAUGAGCUGCUGGGUGGACAUGGUGUCAGAAGGUGGAAAAUAAAAAGGACACACACCGAAAUUUUGCAAAAAGAGAUGGAAGGCAAAGACCUACAGUUGUCGAGUUUUGUUAUGUAGAAAAAAGAAGCUCUUUUUAUGUUGUGGGGUUUUUUAAUAGAAAUGAGAUGGGACAGCAGAGUGGUCUGCACAGAAUUUCAUUACUGAAUGGGCAUUGUGUUUCUUUUAUUAUUCUUUUUUCUUAAAUUAUUUUUGCUAGUGCUAACCAUUGAGGUAGCACAGAUUUCUUUUCAAUGAACAGGGGACCGGGCAGGGCCAACCAAUAUUACUGUAGUUAUGAUUAAUCUCUGUCUUAAGGAUUUCUUCAGGUUGUCAGCCUGAAUAAAAAACAGAUGGUCCCAAGGCUUUGUUCUUCAGUGACAUGCCUGACUUUGGUAAAAGAAUUGCAGGUUUUUUGGUGUCUGGUUGUGAUGCCCAUUGUGAGGCCGACUCGCCAGCGCUGCAGGGUUGGCCCAGCGAGCUGAAGCCAUUGGUGCUGGAACAACGGGCAGUAGCUACAGACCUGAGCUCUAGAGUCAGCCCGUUCAUACUGCUCGUCACUAGAUCAUCUUUAGACAGUCUGUUCAUUUGCUGGUAAGUCUGUACUCUUGCAAAUUUUAGUUUUGUCAUCAGAAAGGCUGUUCCAGGCAGGUCAGGCUCUCAGCUGGUGUGAAUGAGCCAGCCUGGGCUGGCUUCUGUUUGGCUUCAUCACCUGAAGGCCAUGCUUCUUGCAGGGAAGUCACGUGGAUGUUUAUCAGAAUUGUGAAGCUACAAACUUUAUUCCUCUUUCAGGCUGUUAAGUGUCUUGGUUCAAAGACCUUUAAGAGAUAAAAAAGUCAUAAACUCUUAUUUCCGUAUGACUUCCAUAACACACCAGCUGCAGAUUUGGAACAGGAGGGUGCUGUGUGAAACAAAACUUCCAGUGUAAAACAACUGCCAGGAUCUUAGGUCAGGUCUUUACUCAGUCAUGAACCAAAUCAUGGUUAAGUUGAAAGUGAUUCUUUAAGCUUUUCAUUUUUGUAAUGGAGAGGAUGUGUCAGAUGAAGUGUAGCAGCGACAAAAUCGACUUUCUAAAGUUACUUUUUUUAAAAGUUCCUGGCUUUAAACAGGCUUAUAGCAGAACUUUUAAGUAUUCAAAGCAUAUGUUAUUCUUACGAAACUGAAUUUAUUGCUGACAAUAUUUCACUGUUCUUUUUCAGGUUUUGAACAUUUGUUUUACCAAAUGUACACUGUCUACUUGUAGUAUAAAUACAAUAGAUGUGCCAGCUGGACAGGUUACUGCUGACCAGCACUGAGGGUGGCAUACAAAAAUCUUGGUGAUACAGAAGUAAUGGGAUGUUGUUAAUUACAGUUUGUAUCCUGGUAAUACUCAUAGAAUGUACAUGGGGGCAGGAAUGGGUUUGACUUUUUGACAACAAGUGGUGUUUGGGGAAGACAUUUAAAACAGACAUUUAAAGACUGUUUUAAAUACAGAAAAACAUAGAUGUUCAAAUGAACUUGUUUCCUAAUACACUACAUCCAUGUAUGUGCUAGUACUUUAACUUUUUUAUUUACUUUUUUUCAUUUUGUUAUAUGACAUGUGUGAGCAUUUGUUUUCCAUUUCAGCCGACUGUAUGUAUCAAAAGCAAUCAGAUCAAACUGUUGUAUCCAGGGUUUGAUUCUGUUUUGUUGUGGUUUUUUUUUUUAAAUUCCUUUGAUCUUGUACAUGAAAAACAAAUAUAAAUGAACUGAAAUAUUUUGGAUGCAUAUUGGUUUAUUAAAUUGUUUCGUUUUUUCUUUGGAGGAUUGUAGUAUGUGCUUCCUAGAGAACUGUGUAACACUGCUUGGAAUAAAGGUACAGACAUUCUGUGCAAAGGCA